UCUUUCCUCUGUCUGCAUCCAAGCUUAUUUGGUUGUGAUCAGAUGAUCAGGGCUCAAGGAAGCGAUUGGAGAGCGAGCUGGCUGCAGCUGCACUGUAGGCUGUUUUCAGGGACAAGGAGCCACUGUUUUUCAAACACAGCAUAAACAUAGAAGUUAUUUUGUAGGCUUCAGGAUGCAGAUAUGGGUUGUGCUGCCAGCAUUGUUCUGCUCCAAGCCUUUCGUUCUGUGGUACAGAGGAACUGUCCACAUAUCUGCAGGCGACGACGACGAGAGGAGUUGUCACAUGAAAUUCUGCCGCUGGAUAGCAAUGAUGAAAUGAGCAGACCCAGGACUCUCAUCAUAAUGCAGGAAAAACCCAAACUCUUGGAGCCUCUGGAUUAUGAAGCUGUUAUCACAGAAAUUGAAAAAAGUAUUGGGGACAGCCAGUUUAAGGAUCUGAUAUUAUUCCCUGAUGAUGACUUUUCAAUAGACACAGUUUCACUGGAAAUCAGGACACUGUAUCCUUCUGUACCUGAAGAUGCAGAACAAAAAGCAGAAAAUUUAUUUGUUAGAGAGGCUUGUAAAUACUACAGUUCCCAGUGGCACGUUGUGAACUACAAAUAUGAACAGUAUUCAGAAGACUUUCGACACUUACCACAAAGUGAAUGUAGACCAGAGAAACUGCCAUCACAUUCCUUUGAAAUCGAUCAUGAAGAUGUGGAUAAGGAUGAAGAUACAACAUCCCACUCAUCUUCAAAAGGUGGUGGUGGUGGAGGAGGAGGAGGAGGAUUAGCAGCCGGAGUUUACAAGUCUGGAUGGCUUUAUAAAGGGAAUUUCAACAGCACUGUAAACAAUAGCAUUACUGUUCGGUCAUUCAAAAAGCGCUUCUUCCAGCUGACACAGUUGUCAGAUAACUCAUAUAUUAUGAAUUUUUAUAAAGAUGAAAAAAUAUCGAAGGAGCCAAAGGGAUGUAUUUUCUUGGAUUCUUGUACGGGAGUUGUACAGAAUAACAGGCUUAGGAAACAUGCCUUUGAACUGAAAAUGAAUGACCUCACAUAUUUUGUGCUGGCAGCUGAAAAUGAGCAGGAUAUGGAUGACUGGAUUUUCACUCUCAACAAAAUCCUGCAAAUAAAUCCAGAGGGAGCCAUUCAGGAGAGGAAAAGUGCAGAUCUCACUGAUCUGAAACUUGACCCUGCAGAAGUUUCUGUGAAUUAUGAUUGCUCUCAGGAAGAGACAGAUUCUUCAGAGAACACCUUGCACCCAGACUUUGCAAAAUAUAUCACAGAAACAGAAGAAACAGUGAAAGCUUCUCGAAAUACAGAGCGACUAAACCUUUUCUCUUUGGAUCCUGAUAUAGCAGCAUUGAAUCCUCAGAAAAAGGAGUUUCCAGGGACAAACUUGGUGAUAAAGCCAUUUGAAGAAAAGCCUGCAAAGAGGAUCCUGAUAACUUGCAAAUCCCUCAGUUUGAACCUCCAGGCCUGUGUUACUGAAAAUGAAAAUGAUCCUUCAACCAACGUAGAGCCUUUCUUUGUGAGCGUGGCACUGUAUGAUGUCAGGGAUGGCAGGAAGAUCUCUGCUGAUUUUCAUGUGGAUUUGAACCACCCCCUUGUCAGACAGAUGAUUUCAGGUUCCUCCUGUUCAUUAGAAAAUGGCACAGUUGAAAAUAUAGAUUCAAAUGAAAUGGAAGAACCACAGGUCAAAGGGUUCCCAGAAGAAUGGCUGAAAUACCCAAAACAGGCUCUUUUCUCCAUAAGUAAUCCUCAUUCUGAGAUCGUACUAGUGGCAAAAAUAGAAAAGGUGCUUACAGGAAACAUUGCCAGCAGUGCUGAACCUUACAUUAAGAAUCCUGAUUCUUUUAAGUGUGCACAGAAGGUGUUAAAAUCCAAUAAGCAGUUCUGCAGCAAGCUGGGGAAAUACCGUAUGCCAUUUGCUUGGUCAGUGAGACCAGUGUUUAAAGAUAAUCAGGGAAAUGUUGACAGAGACUCCCGAUUCUCACCUUUAUUCAGGCAAGAAAGUAAUAAGAUUUCCAUGGAAGAUUUGAUGAAACUAAUAGCAGAAUACAGAAGAGCAGAGAAGAUUAGCAAAAUACAGACCAUACCUGGCUGUUUGGAGAUUGCAGUUGAUUGUGUUCCUUUGGAACAUCCAAACUGUGUAACUUCAUCCUUUAUUCCAAUCAAACCAUUUCAUAAUAUAAAGGAGUAUCAACCUACAGUGGAAGUUGAGGAGUUUGUGCAGGAAUCAACAAAAUAUUCUCGACCUUACAGAGUGUACAAGAACCAAAUAUACAUAUAUCCAAAACACCUCAAGUAUGAUAGCCAAAAACACUUCAACAAGGCGAGGAAUAUAACAGUGUGCAUUGAAUUUAAAAGUUCUGAUGAAGAAGGAGCAAAGCCACUAAAGUGCAUUUAUGGGAAGCCAGGUGGAUCAUUAUUUACAACAUCAGCCUACACCUCUGUGCUACAUCAUUCCCAGAAUCCUGAUUUCUAUGAUGAGGUGAAAAUUGAACUUCCCACUCAACUCCAUAAGAAACACCACAUUCUGUUUUCAUUUUAUCAUGUCACCUGUGACAUAAAUGCAAAAGCUAAUGCCAAAAAGAAAGAGGCUCUGGAAACACCAGUGGGAUAUGCUUGGCUUCCUUUGUUGAAAGAUGCCCAGUUAGCUUCCCAAGAACACAACGUGCCAGUGGCAAGCAGUCUGCCUCCCAGUUACUUGAGCCUUCAAGAACCAACUAGUGGAAAGCAGAUCGGCUGUGAUGUAAAAUGGGUAGAUAAUGGGAAACCACUUUUCAAAGUCUCUACUCUUGUUGUAUCAACAGUAAAUACUCAGGAUCCAUACCUGAAUAACUUUUUCCAUCAGUGCCAGGAAAGGGAAAAGGAUCUAUCUCAGCCUCCUACCUCAAACUUUGUCUAUUCUUGUAAGAAUUUGCUGAGGAUUGAGAAGAUCCAUGUAAUUAUGAAUUUUCUUCCUAUAGUUCUGAAUCAACUCUUCUGGGUUUUGGUGCAAAACAGUGAUGAUGAAGUUACAACAGCUGUGACCAGAGUUCUAACCAACAUUGUUGCUAAGUGCCAUGAAGAACAAUUAGACAACUGCAUCAAUUCUUAUGUGACGUAUGUGUUCAGGACCAAAUCAUUUGAUGGAAGAACUGUCCAUGAGGAGCUGUCCAAGAAUAUGACUGGUCUUCUGAAAUCAAAUGAACAAGUAACAGUGAAACAGGUUUUAAAGCAUUCCUGGUUCUUCUUUGCAGUUAUCUUAAAAUCAAUGGCACAGCACUUGGUUGAUACAAACAAAACAAAGGUUUCUCGAACUCGGAGGUUUCCAGAAUCAUUUCAAGCUGAGCUGGAUACCCUUGUGAUGAUUUUAGCAGACCAUGUUCUUUGGAAGUACAAGGAUUCUCUUGAAGAAACCAGGAAUGCAAACUACAGCACUGCCAAAUUUCUCAAGCGCUGUUUUACAUUUAUGGAUCGUGGAUUUGUGUUCAAGAUGGUCAACAAUUAUAUAAGUAUGUUCGGAGCUGGAGAUAGCAAGACUUUACAUCAGUUCAAAUUUGACUUUCUCCAAGAAGUCUGUCAUCAUGAGCACUUUAUCCCUCUGUGCCUGCCCAUAAGGUCUUCAAACAUUCCUGACACUGUGACACCACCAGAAUCAGCACAGGAAUAUCGAACAUCAGAUAUUCCAGAGUACACACUGACUAAUGAAUUUUGCCGUAAGCAUUUUCUAAUUGGAGUCCUGCUGCGGGAGGUUGGUUUUGCCUUGCAAGAAGACCAGGAUAUCAGGCACUUAGCUUUGGCUGUGCUUAAAAACUUAAUGGCAAAGCAUUCAUUUGAUGAUCGAUAUGCAGAGCCGGCAAAACAGGCACAAAUAGCAAACCUGUACAUGCCACUCUAUGGAAUGCUUUUGGACAAUAUGCCAAGGAUUUACAUGAAAGAUAUGUUCCUCUUCAAUAUCAAUACUUCCAAUCAGGGAUCUAGGGAUGACUUGAGCACAGCUGGAGGAUUUCAGAGCCAGACAGCAAUGAAACAUGCAAACUCUGUGGACACGUCCUUUUCCAAAGAUGUUCUGAACUCUAUAGCAGCCUUUUCAUCAAUAGCUAUCUCUGCAGCAAACCAUGCUGACUCCAGAGCUUCCUUAGCAAGUCUUGAAUCUAACCCAAGUACCAAUGAAAAAAACAGUGAGAGAACUGACACGUGUGAAAAGAUCAUGAGACCUUUGUCUUUGAUUGGAUCAACUCUUCGUUUUGACAAGUUGGAUCAAGCUGAAACCAGAAGUCUUCUUAUGUGUUUCCUUCACAUUAUGAAAACCAUUUCGGAAGAUGCACUGAUUUCCUACUGGUUGCGAGCACCAUUCUCAGAAAUAACGGACUUUUUCAGCAUUUUAGAGGUUUGUCUGCAAAAUUUCAGAUAUCUAGGAAAACGCAACAUUGUAAGGAAAAUUGCUGCUGCUUUUAAGUUUGUUCAGGCCACCCAGAAUAAUGGAACCCUGAAAGGUUCGAACUCCUCUGGCCAGGCAUCGGGGCUGCUCUCCCAGUGGAUGCAUUCUACUUCAAGUCACGAUGGCCACAAGCACCACAGAUCUCAAACAUUACCAAUAAUCCGUGGCAAAAAUGCACUUUCUAACCCCAAACUCUUGCAGAUGAUAGACAGUAGCACUGCAAGUACCUCCAGCGAAACAGACAUUGUACAGUACGUAGACACAGAGGCAAACAUUGCCACAGAAGUGUCCCUCACAAUCCUCGACCUGUUGUGUCUUUACACUCUGAAUCACCAGAGGCAGCUCCAGCAAUCUGAUUGCCAGAAUGUGUUGAUGAAGAAAGUCUUUGACACACACAUGCUCUUUUUGCAAAUCAACCAGUCAGCAGCAGCUCUCAAGCAUGUCUUUGCUGCCCUACGGCUGUUUGUGGGCAAGUUCCCAUCAGCAUUCUUCCAAGGACAAGCAGAUCUCUGUGGUUCCCUCUGCUAUGAAAUCCUGAAGUGUUGUAACCAUAGGUCACGUUUGACUCAGACAGAAGCGUCUGCUCUUCUUUAUUUUUUCAUGAGAAAGAACUUUGAAUUUAACAAGCAGAAAUCAAUAGUCAGAUCCCAUCUACAGCUCAUCAAAGCAGUGAGCCAGCUGAUAGCGGAUGCGGGGAUUGGCGGAUCUCGUUUUCAACAUUCACUUGCAAUUAUAAAUAAUUUUGCUAAUGGAGACAAGCAGAUGAAAAACGUUAAUUUCCCAGCAGAGGUGAAGGAUCUGACCAAACGCAUCAGGACAGUUUUGAUGGCCACAGCUCAGAUGAAGGAGCAUGAGAAGGACCCUGAGAUGCUUGUGGAUCUGCAGUACAGCCUAGCAAAUUCAUAUGCCAGCACACCUGAAUUACGUAGGACGUGGCUUGAAAGCAUGGCCAAGAUUCACGCGAGAAAUGGAGAUUUAUCAGAGGCUGCUAUGUGCUAUAUUCAUAUUGCUGCUCUCAUUGCAGAGUACCUGAAGAGAAAAGGUUACUGGAAAAUGGAAAAGAUUUGUACCUCACGUAUGCUCCUGGAAGAUGGUCAAGUCUCUGAUAGUAAUGUGUUACUAACAACUCACAAUGGAGGAAGCUUAUUUUCCAUGGGAUGGCCUGCUUUUCUGAGCAUUACCCCCAACAUUAAAGAAGAAGGUGCUAUGAAGGAAGACUCUGGGAUGCAAGAUACUCCCUAUAAUGAGAAUAUUCUUGUGGAGCAGCUGGAGCUGUGUGUUGAGUACCUGUGGAAGUCUGAGAGAUACGAGCUUAUUGCUGAGGUGAACAAGCCUAUCAUUGCUGUUUUUGAAAAGCAGAGAGACUUUAAAAGGCUGUCUGAUCUGUACUACGACAUCCACCGCUCGUACCUGAAGGUUGCAGAAGUGGUGAACUCUGAGAAACGUCUCUUUGGGCGAUAUUACCGUGUGGCAUUUUACGGGCAGGCUGUGGUAAGUCUAGUUCUUUUGCAUGUUUUGUUUAAUUCUCCUCACACAUCCUUCAUCCUUCCCUGUACUCUUAUUUAACAUUAACUUUCCUGUGCUCUCAAUUCUUUGGUUCAUGGCAGAUGAAAUAAUGUUGUUUCAUUCAUUGUUGCAUCCUGCAAACUAACUUUUGUUUGUUCAGUUAGCUGAAUUACCAAGCUGUAUCUGUUGUCAUGUUGUGUGUGCACUGUGGGGCCCAAUGCUGCAUCAUCUCAUCUCAGUGGAAGUUUCCCUCACCUUCACUGGGAGUGGGAUUGGACUCCUUCUUUCUCUGUUGAAAAUCUUGGAGUAGCAUUAAUGCUGUUUGAAUGCAAGCCUGCUUUCCUGGCCUGUGCAACAGCUCCAAAGAGGAAGGCUGUUGUGUCAGUCCGAGGUCCAUGGCAAUGGUAACUGGAGCACUCUGGGCAGGCUGCAGCCACCAUCCCGGUGGUCCCUUGUAGGAGCAAGCAAAUGGAGAGUCAGAGGGAAGUGGUGGCUCCUGGCUCUUGAGACAGAUUAGCAAGGCUGAACUUGCCAAUUGCAAGGAGAAAGUGAGCUGCACCUUAGGAAGGGCAGAGUUUCUCUUAUACCUGAUCUUCCUCCAAAUUGGGAGCAGCACAGGGGAAAACGUGACUCUCCUACUUGCAGCUUCUUGCCAGGGCUUUCCCAGGGGCAGUGGCUCUCCCAGGGGGUAAUUUAGCUGAAGCACUUCUGCUGAACUGGGUUAACAUCUCUGUUACAGUGCAAUGACUUUCCAGCUGCCAGUGCCACAAAGGGCAACUUCAUUUAAACAGCUUUAGUGCUCUAAAGCGUAUGACUUUGUCACAGCUGCGUGUUGCUCCGUCUGUUCCCUGGUGCCCCCGGUCACUGAGCUCUGAAUACAACAAGCACAACUUUCUCCUCGCCCUUUGCAGGAGAGAUGUUAUGUGGCAGAAAGUGGGACUGCUCUGUAUGGCUCCUUGCAGAGACAUAGUGACAGAAGUGUGUGGCAAUUAAAGGUAGAUCAUUCUUAUCAGUGUUACUUGUGCCUCAUUGACCAAGAUAAACAGGAGUGGGUGUAGAGAGGUGGUUAAGGAGGGUUUACCUGUACACAAAGCACCAUGGCACACAUGGGAGCUACAGAUGAAGCUUGACCUGGAAGGAGCGACAGAGGGAGCAGACUGUUCCCAUACACUGGUUGUGCCUGCAUAUUUUUUCCCUUUGGAAGGUUUUGUGUAUGUAUUUCUAUCAGUCCCUUUUUCCUGUGUGCCACUUGCUUCCAUUUUGGCUGUGCAGGUGGGAAGGUAUGGGGUCUUUUGGUCCUUCUAUUGCCAAGAGUAUUGCAGGCCUCCAUGCUGAGAUCAGUCUCAGUGCCCAAUCCAUUUAAAACACUAAAAGCAAUUCCCUUUCUUUCUGCUUCUGUCAGACUUUGCACACUUUCUCCCAAAAGCUAAUAGUGCAGGUUUUACUAGUAUUACACAGUUAAACAGAUGUAAAGCAAUAUGAAUCACUUUGCUUAGGCCACUACAAAAGGGAUGUCACAGAAGUAAACUCAGUAUGCAGGUAUGUGCAGGUAUGAGAUUCCUUUUCAGUCAUACACAUACACUAUUCUGUAAAAUAACCAGGGGUAGAUACAUAUGUAAGAACAUUCACAUUAAAAAUAUUAUUAAAUAUAUACAUUUAUGCAAUAAACAUUUUUUUUCAAUUGCAUCAAUACUAAAUAUAUACAUACAUAUGUUUUGGAAAAAUGGAACAUUGCUGUACUUUAACUGAAACAAAAGCUGCAGAGGAAGCAGAUUAAAGGACAAGAGAAUAACAUAAAUACUGUUUGCAGGGAGAGUUUUGGGGGUUCUCAGUUGAAAAAGAAGACCUGCAGGUGUACCUGAAAACCAUUCUUCAUGCAAAGGCAGAGACAGUAUUUGGUUGCUGCAUUGCUAUUGCUGCAGGGACCCUGCUCAAGGAUGGUUUGAAUUAAUGUGGUCCUCAGGGAGGAUGCAGUUGACUGUUUUCACCAGCAAGCUUUUUUGGCCAGCUCAGAGAGUUGGAUCUCAUGGCAGCUGCUGUUUUAGGCUGUGAAGUCUGUUAAGGUCCUUUGGUGACACCAUCUCAUUGCACCCCCAAGUGACCACACUAGCCAGCACAUAUGAUUUUAUUCACAGAUGAGUGAAAAGUCAGUAUCUUUCUUGAAUUAAAAACAAACAAAAAAAAUCUGUUAAAUAUACUGAAGAGCUGAGAAUUUAUUGUGCUGAUAAGCAAAGCCACUCAAGACUUGUUUUUCAGAGCAGUGUUAGGUUAAGCGUUUGUUCUGUAUGUGCAAGAAACUGUAGAAGUUGGGAGGGCAGAGUUUCAUAGUGUUAAGCUGAACUGCAGGUGUAUGUCUGAAGAGCAGAUGAUGUGCUCCUUUUCCAAAAGUGAUAGAACAGCUGUAGCUUCCCUUACCAAGGAGGGCAACAUCCUCACUUACUGUGGGAGGAGGCCCUCAGCUGAUAUAGACAGGGAAGGAUCCAUUAGAUGCUAAUUCUUGGCAGGUAAAGCAGAAGGCUUUUCCUCAGCAUGUCAGCUCUGGGAAUGGUGUGUGUUCUUCCAGCAAAGGGCGGAGAAGAGUCCAAUUUACUGUGAGCACCAAGGGCUGUGUCUAGGGGUGUGUGGGGAGGAAGAAGAGCCUUUUCAGAGCUCCCACAGUGAUAGCCCUGGGUCACAACUUGCCUCACUGGAAAUCAGAGCACAGUGGAAACCAAUAACCUACUGUCCAGGAGGUCAUCUCCCUUCCAUUACCUUCAGCUGUAAUAAUUUUCAUCUGAAAGGCUGCGUUGUCCUUGUAGGGCAAAACCAGCCAGUGUGAAAAUAAUCCAGGGAUAUGCAUCGAUAAUGUAACCUUAGCUGCUUAAUAUUUUGAAAUCCUGAAAUUGGAGGAUAUUUGGCUUCUGAAAAGUAUUUAAUCUUACUUUCAAUAGUCUUUGCCAGACAUAUAGCAUAUGGCAGACGUGAUUAUUUAUAGCUCACAAUUAACUUCUGCCUGUCACUUGUCAGCCGAAAUACUGUGGGGAAUAUGUACUUAAAUGAUGUCUCUUCCAUUAGAGAUGAGACUAAAUCUGUUAGUUGUUUGUUUUCAGGUAUUUUUUUUUAAGUAGAACUAUUAACACAGAUACCAUCCUAGUGUGCCAUGAAGCAUCAGCACAGAGAUUUGGCACUUACAUAUAAACAUUGUGUUCCAGCAUGCAAACAUAGACUGAAUCAGGGUUUAAGAGCAUAAACUAUAUUCUAGCUUGCUAUGUGAUUAAUUUGGAAAACAUGAGGGUUUUUGUUGAAAACACUGAAUGCUAAAAGAAAACAGAUGUCUUUUGACAGAAACAGUUCCUGAGUAGAGUGUUUAAGUAUAGUUGCAUCGAACUAAUGAGGUUUUCCCACAUAAAGCAGUUUUGCUUGGGUGGAAACAAGAUGAGAAACCAGAUUAUGAUCCUGCAGAUCUUUUCUCAGUGAAAUCAAUAGAAAGUUAAUUGCCUGCCCAGCUCAGUAGAUGUUUAUAGGGUGUCAGCUUUGGAGCUUGAGAUUUGUUCUCUAAUUACCUGUGAAGUUCUUUGUAUGCCUAUGGAGUUUAAUUGAUAAUGUUGUUAAAAGUUGUGCAAUGUUAAAAGGUCACUGUGAGACUGAUUAAGAUACUGUCAGAUGAGCUGCUGUUGCAAUUAGUCAUUGGUUUCCAGUAAUGCCCACAGUGCUCUUGGCACUGGCCUUUUAUUGCCCCUUAUCCUCCCUGGAGAAGAAGCCACAGAUACACUUAUUUGUUAAUCCCUAUUGAAAUAAAGUUUAAGGGUGGGGUUCAACAAGCAUUGAAAUUUUCAGCUAUUUUAUUUUAAUUCAGUAUAUUUUUGUGAAGAUUUGCCUAGUCAAUAAUUUUAGUGGCCAAAGUUGAAACAGCUGGAUUUUGCAUGAGUACCUUCCAAAGAGAUUUUGGAGGUAUGUCUUGACUUCAUUAAUUUCUCCUUCUCUGUUUUUCAACAGAUGGCAGUUUGCCUAGGUAUAUUGUAGAAGUAGCUGUCCAAGCCACAUCAUGUUAAGUUUAAAGGGCCUUGGGUCUGACAUCAUUAAUGCAAUCUGCCUUUCCACUUAUCCCUGCAGCUUUGGGUGUUUUUGUCCGGGUCACUUUGCAUUAAGGUGAAAGGAGGAGGCUUUGAGUGCAGCUGCAGUGGUACACAUCCAGAUUUCAGCAGCAGCAUAUGAAAUCCUAGGAGGAGGGCUGGUGCAGCUCAUGGCAUUGGGAUAAAUCCAGUCCUUGUUAAUGGGGCACCUGCUGCUUUCUGCUCAGCUGGGAGAGCUUCUCCCAGGGUGUUGGUGUACAUGUCCAUCAUGUAGCAGUUGAAUGUCUCACCUGCAGGGGAUGCAGUGCUGUUUAAAUUUCUUCUGAAGCCUGAUAGGUUCUUGUUCAGCACAUCAAUUGAGCCUUUUAUUACAGCUCUGCCAAGUCCAUCCAGUAUAUUAAGUAAUGACCUUAACAAGAUUGAACUUUUUUUUUUUUGCAAAGGAGCACAGUCUGUGUGUCUUUUUUGCUUUUCUUUUUCUUUUCAAAUGUAAAUCAUUUACUGAUUGUCUCUGAAAAUGCUGCAAUUCUAUAUGACCUUUCAAGAUGCCACCAGAGUUCCUCUUCAGCUGUCCUGAGGAGAUGCAGACCAGUUCCCAGUUGCUCCCCAUGCCAUGGCCACAGGCAGCAGUGCCCAGCUUUUGCCUGCACACAUGGCUCCCAGACAGGAUGUGCUGCGUGUGUCAUGCUGCACACACCCCAGCUGGGCUCAGCAUCCAACAGAGAGCUGUUAUACUCAUGUGCUGUUAUACUCCAGUGCUUCUCAAAUAGUUAAUUUUUAACCAAAUGAUUCAAAUUUAAAGAAUUUUUAAUGUCCACUUUUAUUCCAUGAGGGUUUUGUCAUCAUACACACAUCAGCAUUCUCAAGAAAGCCCUUUACUCUUUAAACAGCUUGGUCUCUUACAUGAAUAAAUGUGUAGGAGUUAUUUCCUGGGUAACUUUGGAGGCUGCAGACCAGUAAAAAUGCAGACAUCUAGGUAUGUGUCUGCUAGGACUGGAGAGAGGUAAGCUUUUAAUUUAGGUGCUGGAAGUGGCCUACUGGAUGCUCUGGUGGGUAUACAGGCAACCUUGAUUCCUCAUGUAAGCACCUUGUUUAAGCUUUGCCCUGCCUGUUGUGUUCACUGUA